UCUCUCACUAUCAGUGCGUGCAGAGGAGACGAAGAGGCUCAGAGAAACAGAAAAUGGCGAAUACGCUAGGCAAGAACCUCCAUCUAUGCUUCUCAAAAUGCAAACGCCCAGAGGUAACGCAAUCCCCUCGCACGUCUUUUGCUGGGAGCGAUCAUGACACAACUUCGAUCCUGGUGAAGAACUUCAACUCCCUUUACGAUCUCACCUCCGACUCAACCUCCAAAUCAACGAGCCUUUCCAGCGACGAUUUCUCAUCAUCAGACUCAGAAGACCUCGAAACCACCGUCCCUGACUUCGCCACCAUCUACGCUUCUGAACGUUUCUUCUUCUCCUCCCCUGGCCGUUCCAACUCCAUCGUCGAGUCACUAGACUCACUACCGGAAUGUCCUCUUCCAUCCGAAGAAACUAAAAAGCUAUUAAUGAACGGUGGCAUUCCUAUCUCAACGUACUCGCCGGAUCCUUACACGGAUUUCAGACGAUCAAUGGAGGAGAUGGUUGAGGCACGUGAAUUGCUCGACGUGAGGGCUGACUGGGAUUACCUACAAGAGUUGCUCUUGUGCUAUCUUAAUCUCAACCCUAAGCACACCCAUAAGUUCAUCAUCGGCGCUUUUUCUGAUCUCCUCCUAAGUCUCAUGGCGUCGCCGACCGAAUCAGAUGGCAGUAGCAAUCUCUCCAGCUCCGACGUCUCUUCCGGCAGGUCUACGGUUUCACGGCGUCUGUGUAACAUGUCCAUCUCAUAAAUUCUCAUUUCAGUAAUACUUUUUUCCUUUUUUUAGGAAUUUCA